AUGAACCAUUGCCUGAAUUGCCUCGAGUGCCUCGGCGUGCGGUUCCGAGGGAGCCAGAGCUCUGAGACAUCUCGUUUACUCUACGAUGAUCCUUACCGAUCCCAAUACGGUACCAAUGGCACACACAAUCAGAGGGUGAUCCAGCAGCAACCAGAUGCGGAAGCUUUGAGAAGAGAACGUGAGGAGAUGGAGGGCAUUUGUCAUAGAAUGUCUGACCAAGUCAUCGAUGUGUUCAACGUAGCUCCGCAGGAGAACGAUAGGGGAGUGACACUGGAACAAGCGAGAGAAAUUGUCAUGGACUACGGCGUCAAUCCGGCCCAUUUAUCAGACGCUAAAGUAAUUGCCUUUAUCAAGAAACGACACUACGAGAUCAGAAGUGACAAAUCUGUUGGGCCCCAUACGAGUGGUGAAGCAAAUCGAAGCAAGGUCGGAGUAGCCAGCGACGCAGAACCAUCCUCACAAGAAGAAUUAGAGUUCAAGACGAUUCGGAGGAAGGGGAAGACACCUCUUUCCGUCACACUUGAUAAGAUUGACAGCGAAGCACUUGGAGCAGUAUUGGGGUAA